AUUGUUAUUAUUCAUUUCGGAAAAAAUGGAGUAGAAUAAUUAUAGAUUUUGUAAGUUUUUGUUUUUCAAAAAUGACGUCUAACGCAAUUAUACUAGCUCCUAUCUUCACAAGAAUCCUUGCCAGAUUUCCACAACAACUUAAUUUUUGUUUCGCGUAUGGAUCAGCGGUGAAAAAGCAACUCAGAAAUGAAUCCAAGGAAAACAUGAUAGACUUGAUAUUUUGCGUAGAUAACGCUUCUAAAUGGCAUGAAUUGAAUAUCAAGCAAAAUCCAUCACACUACAGUGGCUUGAAGUAUUUUGGCCAUAAUUUUGUGUCAAAGUUCCAAGAAAAUUUUGGGGCAAAAAUAUAUUACAAUACAUUAGUACCUAUUGAAGGAGUUAUGAUAAAAUAUGGCGUUAUAUCAACAAGAGACAUGGUAACAGAUUUACUGGAGUGGUCAGAUUUAUAUCUCGCAGGUAGACUUCACAAACCUGUGGAAAUUUUGAAAAAUACUUCAAAUUCAGAAUUACUAACUGCACUACAGUUGAAUUUACAAUCUGCAGUUCAUUCUGCCUUGCUUAUACUUCCUGAAUCAUUUACUGAGUAUGAAUUUUAUCAUGUGCUGUCCAAUUUGAGUUAUGCUGGGGACUUCAGAAUGAUUCUUGGGGAGAAAAAAAAUAAGGUGGAAAAUAUCGUCAAACCGCAAUUGAAAUCCUUCAGACAAUUAUAUAAACCUAUCUUGAACACAUUAUCUGAUUAUGUUGAUUUUCCGAAUAUUAAGAAAGAUCCACUAUCUUCUGGUGAUCCUCAUAGUAAAGUUCCAAUCAUAUGUUCUCAAGAUAUAAGUCCAUUAGCUAGAUUACAUCAUUUGAAUCAGUUACCUAGAUGGCCUCAGAAAGCUCUAACAAGACUUUGGAAUCGAGGGAGUCUUAGGCAAGAUACAGAAGAUGUUUUACGAGCCAUAGCCUAUGAUCCUGAUUGUAAUGAGAUUGUUUCUACAUGUAUAAGUCAGAUAGUAUGGAGAUCCUCAAUUAGCCAAAGUUUAAAAGGAAUAGCUACUGCUGGAGUUUUGAAAAGUGUGCAAUACAGCAGUAAAAAACUGAGUAAAAUGAUAAUGUAAAAAUAGUGUGAUGUGAAUAGUUAUUCAGGUUAUAAUCAAAAGACAAUUGAGGAUGUUAGUUGGAUUGAGGUACAAAGACUGUUGAGAAAAUAAUAUAUAUAUGAAAAGAAAAACUCUUAAACAUUAAAUCAUUGAAUUAGUUAA